AAACAGUACCCCCCCAGCGCCGCCACCGCCGAGAGGAGGCCGGCGCAGCGUAGCCGACACCGACGCAGGGCUCCCGGCUCAGGCUCCGGGGAGAGCGUGCCCGACGGCCUCGGCCCGGACGGAUCCCGGGACGGAAACGGCGCCGCGCCGUGCCGCCGGACGGGUGGACCCCAAGCGGGCGCAGGUCUGGCCGCGGCACUCCCGCGGGCCCGGACGACCACCCACGCCCUGGCAAAAGGACGCCCCCCCACCCCCACCCCACGCCCUGCAUGCCCUUCACUCGGCGGGGCCCAGCGCCCAGGGCACGCACACCCUCUCCGCAGACACACAACAUGGCAGGCUCGCGAUCCAGCCCAAUGGGACCCACAGACCGAGGCUCAGCACACUCACGGGGCCGGCCCUGGACACACGCACUUGCCCACCCCCCUCCCCAGAAAGCCACAGAGCCCCCCACCAGGCUGCAGGCCAGGCAGGCCCCAGCCGGACAGAAAUGACUACCGGUGCAGAUGAACACGCAGCUCGAAUUUUGUCCCCACCGGCAGAAACCUCCACAUCUAUACACUCGUGCAAAAAUGCAGAGGCCUUGGUGUGCGCCUCCUGGGACACCACCACCAACACACCAGGUGCGAGCACACACAGAAGAAACACGCAUUCCUGAAACUCCAGAGGGACAGUCCCAGAGACUCCUCCCUGGUCUUCAAAAAUUCAGAGCUGGGGAGACCCUGGAGCCAGCCCUCAGAGCUCCUUCCGGCAAAACCUUUCGGAAACAAGGUGAGACGUACAUAAACAAAGUUACAUAAAGCCAAAGAAGUCUCAUCACAGAGCUACUCAGGAGGGAAAGAAAAAAAAAAAAAAAGGAACGAGACAAUCUUCGGAGCCAGACAGACAUAGAGCCAGCCGGGUUGGAAACAAUGAGAAACUAGGCCCACCCCCACCUCAGGAAGGUUCCAGGGAAGAACCCCCCCCCCGCCCUCAAGAAGGUUCCAGGGAAGAACCCCACUCCCACUCCAGCCAGGUCACAAGGGCUAGAGCUCCAAAGGGCCCAGGGCCCCUGAGCCAGGAGUAGAGGAGGAAGUCCAAGGAAAGAUGGCUGGCAAUCACCCUUACUUCAACCUGCCCGACUUCACCCAGCCAUCGCCGCCCUCCACUCCGGCCAGUCUCCCCCCGCACCAGCGCUGCCGGCCCUCCGAUGCCACCAAGGGCCUGCUCGUGGCCCUGCUGGGUGGGGGCCUGCCUGCUGGCUUUGUGGGCCCCUUCUCCCGCAUGGCUUACCAGGCCUCCCGCUUACCCUCGCUGGAGCUGCUCAUCUGUCGCUGUCUCUUUCACCUCCCCAUUGCCCUGCUACUGAAAGUGCGUGGUGACCCCCUGUUGGGACCUCCCGAUGUCCGGGGCCGGGCCUGCCUCCAUGCCCUGCUCAACGUCCUCAGCAUUGGGUGCGCCUACAGCGCGGUUCAGGUGGUGCCUGCUGGCAACGCAGCCACGGUCCGCAAGGGCUCGUCCACCGUCUGCUCCGCCCUCCUCGCCCUCUGCCUCGAGAGCCAGGGUCUCAGCGGCUACGACUGGUGUGGUCUGUUGGGCAGCACCCUGGGACUCAUCAUCAUUGUGGGACCUGGACUAGGGACGCUGCAGGAGGGGACCACGGGCCUCUACACCGCCCUGGGCUACGUGCUCGCAUUCCUGGGCGGCCUGGCACUGUCGCUGGGGCUCCUGGUCUAUCGUUCCCUGGACUUCCCCUCUUGUCUGCCGACAGUGGCCUUCCUGUUUGGCUUGGUGGGGCUGGUGGGCUCGGUGCCAGGCCUCUUCAUACUGCAGACCCCUGUGCUGCCCAGCGAUCCUCUGAGUUGGAGCUGUGUGGGGGCCGUGGGGAUCCUCGCCCUGGUCUCCUUUGUGUGCGUGAGCUAUGCAGUCACGAAAGCCCACCCUGCCCUGGUGUGCGCCGUCCUGCACUCCGAGGUGGUGGUGGCCUUGAUGCUGCAGUAUUACGUGCUCUAUGAGACCGUGGCGCCUUCUGACAUCAUGGGGGCAGGCGUGGUGUUGGGCAGCAUCGCCAUCAUCACCGCCCAGAACCUCAGCUGUGAGAGGGAGGGGCAGGUGGAGGAGUGAGAUCUGACCGGAGAGCCUGGGGGUUGGGGGGGGCAGGGGGAAAUAGGAGGAGGAGAGACUGGAAUACAAACAUGGGAGAAGCAGCGACCGGAAAAGAGCUGAUACCGGAGAGGGACACCCCUUGGAGUCGGGUGGAGAGGGGCUCUUCCUAGAUUUGGAACAAGCGUGGGGACCAAAACACGUGAUGUCUAGGCUGGGGCUUGGGGAUCAGGGCAUAACUACAGCGCAAGUGAGGUCGAAGGAGCCAACGGAAGGGCUGAGAAGCAGGCCCGCCAUGAGCCAUGGGGAGGAUUUUUCCCUCAGCAGCAGAAAGAGCAUUGGGGCUGGAGUGUUUGGGGGGGGGGGGGUUCAGGCAAAGGGACAGAGCGAGCAGCUGGGGUCAGGGAGUGUGCCUCCCCCCCCCCACGAGACACGGUUUCCUUCCCUCAUGGUUAUGCCUCCUCCCCCCCCCCCGUGGUGACGUGACAUUGACAUCAAACAAGGAUCACUCUGAAUGUGGCUGUGCAGUUGGUGUCAUCUCUGCUUUGGAAGGAGAGUGAAAGUCCUACUCCGCUCUCAUUGGAGAAUCCCUUGGGAUCCCUGCCCCCCUCCCCCCGCCAAUCUGGUUUCUGAAAUAUUCUGGAAGGGGGUAGGAUUUCCUAACGUUCAGACGCCUUGACCCUGAAUCCCCCAGGACUUCUGUGUCCCGCCCCGUGGCUAAUCUGCUUUUCCUGGAUUGUCGCAGUCCCGUGAUCUCUCCCGGACGGUGGCCAGCCUCCUUCCGGAGAAGGUCCCCUGAGCGGCUCGGGCCGGGGGCUCCCGGGCCAGAGUUCCGUACAGCGCUCCUUGGGAGGUCCGGAGGUGCCCAACAGUCCCAGGAGGCCGCUCGACAAAUACCAGCUACUUCCGGACAAGCGAUUGGCCUCGCCAUCUUGAUAGGUUCAUGCAUAUUCAGCAUGGUACUGCAUAUUCAUGACCAAGAACGGCCCCCGGCGCUCCCCCCCCCCACCCCGCACCCGGAACCCUCUUGGGAGGAUCCGGCCGGCCCCGCCUCCUUCAUUACCGAUUCGCAGAACAGACCAUUUUCCAGCGGAGGGAAGGGGGGGAAAUAUUCAUGGGAGACUUUUGCUGAGGACGAAAGCACGGUCCAAACUAGAAUAAAAGCGGCCUGUAUUCCAUCUUGGUUCUUUAAACUUAAAUCUCAGGGCGGGAGGGAGCAGAGCGGGCAGGCGGCGGGGUAAAGCACGUUCCCCUCCCCCGCGUCCCUUCUAAAGGUCGCCCAACCAGGGAGCCGAGGAGGGCCCACCAACGACUCGGGAGCGCGCUCCGUGCAGGCCGGCGCA